GAGUGGGGAAGGACUUAGUAAGAAGCCAAAAACUUACCACUUCCACACGGAAUGGAAGGAUAACUUUUACUUGAAGCGGUUCUACCGUCCAACACAAAAUACACACAGAACCAAGUCAUUAAAUAAAUAACGGCACUGACUUAGUGAGGUCAAAUAAAUGUCACCAUAAUAAAUCCAAACAAGUGGCCUUGCAGUGGACUGCCACAGUGCUGAUUAAAUGAAGGGAAACACUACAUCACAGGCUCACCUUUUUCCUGCUGUCAAUGGCCUGCUGCAGCCACAGUAGCUCCAUGGUCAGGGCGUCUCUAUGGAAACGCAAGGCCUCUGGAUUGUGAGGAACCUCCUGGGCCGAACAGUAGCGCUGCAGACCUGAAAGACAAAGCCAUAAUCCAGAUAAAGACAAUAUAUUUCAAAAUUAUUUGCGAUGAUUUUUACCUUUGUGAGGAAGCUGUGAUUCCAGCUCCAUACUGCUCCAAAUGGACGUGGAGUCUCUUGUGCUCUCCAAAACGUCAUCACAGCUCAAUUUCUGACCUGCCGCCGGAAAAGAGCUGCUUUCUAAACACUCCCUUGUUUGUUGAUCAUUUCCUGAUCCAUCUCUCUCUGCUUCUGUCUGCAAAAGUACACAAUGCAUCCCCCCUUCUGUCGCUGCUGGGUUCUGUGACGUGGCUCUGACAUCUGGUCCCGGGUCUUUAGUCGUACCGUGCAGGGGGCCAUCCUGGUAAUGUGCAAAGGCAUGAGAAAGGUACGAGAUGGUGGAUAAAUCUCACUUCAUUACAGGUAAGGAAACUUGCAGUGUCUGUGAAGUGGGGGGUGGAGAUGAUGGCGCCCUUCCACUUUAAAUGAGCCAAAGUGCCAUCAAUCUCUUUCACGACGUCCUCAAAGUCUGUCCGUGCACGACGCACCUCCUCCCUCACCAAAUAUCCACGAACAUACGCCUGCUUAGAGAAGAUUAGCAACAACUGUUAACUAUUGCAACUUUCGCGUUAGCAUAACUAGCCAAAUACUGACAAUCGAGGUCAGCGCUAACAAUAAUGGCCGCCGCUAGCAACUUCCCAUAUGCAUGAAGCAAGCCAAAGUAGCGCCACAACCAUAAAUAAUGCAUUUAUUGCUUCGCAGUAAGCAAGCAGAUAAAUUACACAAAAGGGUUAUUACCUGAAAAAGGCAUAGUGUCUUCGCCAAGUUACGCCUAUCCAUCCCUAUGGUAACAUGACUGCAGGACCACUUGUCAGAGAGCGGGACUUUUUUGUAUGCUUCCGGUAUGGAGCUAAAAAAACAAAAGCUUGUUGUUAUAAUUGAAAUCUAAUGAAGAUAACAUUUCAGUGUACUGUUUAAUUUACAGUGAUUAUCAUUGUUUAUACAUAUUUAUAUAAUGAACUGAAAAAACUUUAAACUUAAAAAAUGACGUCAGCAAGCACUCUGGUGGGUAUGUAAGUUUGUAUUUUGAAAAGAAACAAACGGAAGUAGUGGACUAUGGUGAAUAAUGUAAUGUUCUCGAAGCAGUACAGGGGGCGGUAAAGAACAAGAAGGAUGCCAAGCGCCGUUCAAAACACACGAAGAAGAAUAAAAUAGACAUGAUGCUAUGUUUGUAUCUUCUGUUAGCUCAUCGUCGCAUGGCGUUGACUUUCAAAGUUUGUUUGUACCCAAAACUCUAAAAAAAUGAGCGCUUCGUCUAAUCAGAGGACUUUAUUUCAAACAUGGGGUGCAUCCGCGCCUCAAAACAAAGUUGACCCACCGAGAAAAGAAGGAAAGAAAGCUACUGGACAGCGCAGAGCAACUUCAAGCAACAAGAAAAAUUCAACAAACCCACUGUGGACUGAGAUAGGUAAUUGCUCAAUAAGCACAACAGAAGCUCCUGAAGCAGCUCAUGAAGACGAUGACGAUCUUGUAUUGUUGGCUGUCACUGAAGCAGAAGAGCGACACCAAUUUGAUAAUGCUAAUUUAUUCCAAAAGAAGUGCCCCGCAUCUCCUAUGUCAUCUGAAAAGACAUGCUAUCCAGAUUUUCCUGGCUUUGACCGCUCUUCUGCUGCAGUGUGGAUCUAUCCCACUAACUACCCCAUCAGGGAGUACCAGCUGAAGAUAUCAGAGGCGGCCUUGUUUCAAAACACACUAGUGUGCCUUCCAACUGGAUUGGGAAAGACUUUCAUUGCCUCUGUUGUUAUGUACAAUUUCUACCGCUGGUAUCCAUCCGGGAAGAUUGUGUUCAUGGCGCCCACGAAACCUCUAGUGGCGCAGCAGAUUGAGGCCUGCUACAAAGUGAUGGGCAUCCCUCAGGCGCACAUGGCAGAGUUGACCGGCAGUACAGCAGCCAACAAGAGACAGGAAGUGUGGCGGUCCAAACGUGUGUUCUUCCUCACGCCUCAGGUGAUGAUGAACGACCUGUCCAGAGACACCUGCCCGGCCCGGCAGGUCAAAUGCGUGGUGAUCGAUGAGGCCCACAAGGCUCUUGGCAACCAUGCCUACUGUCAGGUGAUCCGACAGCUCAGCAGCCAGACUCUGCAGGUCCGCAUCCUCGCCCUCAGCGCCACUCCAGGAGGAGACACAAAGUCGGUGCAGUCUGUCAUCUCCAACCUGCUCAUCUCCCACAUUGAGCUGAGAUCAGAAGAGAGCCCAGACAUCCAGGCCCACUCCCACCAACGCAGCGUGGAGAAAAUGGUUGUCCCGCUGGGGGAAGCGCUGGCUGCCCACCAGGCUCGCUACCUGCAGGUGCUGGAGAAGUUCAUGUCUCGUCUGGUCUGCAACCGAGCCAUGGGACACAAGGAUCUGAAGAGUCUCACCAAAUAUCAGCUCAUCCUUGCCAGGGAUCAGUUUCGGAAAAACCCUCCACCCAACAUCAAGAGUCCACAGCUGGGGAUGCUGGAGGGAGACUUUGCACUUUGCAUUAGCUUGUAUCAUGGCUACGAGCUACUCAUGCAGAUGGGACUCAGGUCACUGUUUUAUUACACCCAGGGAAUCAUGGAUGGAUCCAGAGAAAUGUCCCGGGUCAAAAAUGAGUUGCAGAGGACUCCUGUCUUCAUGGACCUUUAUAGUGAAAUGGAGGCCAAGUUUGUGAAGCUACCUGGCCCAGAUGAACCAUUCAUUUAUGGUCACCCCAAAUUGGAGAAACUGGAGGAGGUGGUACUGCAACACUUCAGAAUAUUAGCCCAGGCCACGUCAGACAAUACUGGUCCAUCUGCACAACAAGUAAGCACACGGGUGAUGAUCUUUUCAUCAUUCCGUGACAGCGUCCAGGAGAUUGCCGCCAUGUUGAACCGCCACGCUCCCCUUAUCAGGGUCAUGACCUUUAUGGGGCAAGCAUCAGCAGGGAAAGGAGUCAGAGGUUUCACUCAAAAGGAGCAGCUUGAGGUGGUGAACAGGUUCCGUCAGGGAGGCUUCAAUACACUGGUGUCGACCUGCGUUGGAGAAGAGGGACUCGACAUUGGGGAGGUUGACCUCAUAGUCUGCUUUGAUGCACAGAAGAAUCCCAUCCGUCUUGUGCAGCGAAUGGGCCGCACCGGACGCAAGAGGCAAGGCCGCAUUGUCGUCAUUCUGGCCGAGGGACGUGAGGAGAGGACAUAUAACCAAAGCCAGAGCAACAAACGCAGCCUGUUCAAGUCCAUUGUGGGCAACAAAAGCGGCUUCCACAUGUAUCCUAACAGUUCCCGCAUGCUACCGGAUGGUGUGAACCCCACCCUGCAUAAAAUGCACAUCACCUGUGGCCAGUUUGAUCACCGUGAAAGCAGCAGGCGCUCUGUGAGGGGUCGGCGCUCGAAUACCCAGGGGCGGGCCUCACUCAUCCACCCACAAAACCUGAAUUGUCAAGAAGGCGCGGCGUCAGGGGGUUUUCUCAGCAGCACAGAGUAUUCCCUGUGGGCGUCCAGCAUGAGGCUUGCGGAAGAUGAAGCGCAUCCAACGUUGAGACAGUCGCACUUUGUGUCUUUACCAUGUGAUGAACCAGCUCAGGAGGAUGUUUCCAGAAACGGAGUGCCCGUCAGAGAACUCUCUCUUUGGGAAUGGAGACACUGGCAGCACAGGGCUUUUCCAACCCAUAUUAUUGAUCACUCCCUACGCUGCCAGCAUUUCAUUAAGGUGAUGGAGCUCAUAGACUGCAUGCGGGAGGAAAAUGAGGAGGACUGUGCUUACGAGAAGGAGCUACGUCCUUAUCUCAACGAGACUGGCACUGGAGGCCAUUUAAAGAGGAUGAAGAAAUGUGCAAAAAUCAGCCGCAAAACUGUCGACGAAUCAGUGUCUUGUGUGGAACGCCACAACGAAGAAGAAUUACAUUACAAGAAUAAAUUGGAGCCUCAUGACCGCUCAAUUAGUCGUUCACCUCAGACAAUCAUUAACGAACCCGCCAUGGAGGAUCUUGCAGUGAAUUCAAAUAAUAUUCCCCCUGUGAUUGACAAGGAGAGUGACGAAGAUGUUGAACUUCAGGCUAUGUUCUACCUUCCGAAAUGGGAUUUGCCUUCCAAGUAUUCUGUAAUUCCGGGAACAGAUGAGAAUCUUGAAGUCAUCUUGGCCAAUGUGGUGGACCUCCUAUCCCGAUCACCACCGCCGCUUGCAGAUAUUGACACUAUCAUGGCGGAUCGGACGCCACCUAUUCUUCCUGAUUCUAAUCAGCCAUUCCAUGUCAACUUUACCUUGGACGUGGACGACGAUGAUGAUAAUAGUGACCGUGAGGCGGAUGUGUCUCCAGAUAAGGGUCCACUUUAUCAGGAGACUGUCAACAGAGACAGUCCAACAUGGGAUGAAGUCUUUGAGGACAAAGUGACAAAUGAGGAUGAGGGCAUCGGUCAUGGGAAGGAAGACCUCACUGAGCAUGUUGGGGAAGCCACAAUCCAUGACGACGGUGUCGAAAAACACAAACCGAGCUGUUGGGAUGACGUGAUGAAGAAGGAUUUGAAAGCCAAGCCGGAUUCUGCAGUUUGUGCCCAGAUGGAUGACAGCAUUGACCUGUUUGGGGAUGACGAAGCCUUCCUCCAGAUGACCAUACCGGACAUCCCUACCCCUGAAGAUGGUGCCACACCCAGGACUUCCCCUAGCAUUGAGGACAUCGGUAAACACACAAAAAUUAUGCUGGACAUCUUAGAGACGAAUGAUGCACGGGUGGAACGACCACUUCUUACUACAAUAAACAGUCCAACAACGAAGCUAAUUCAGAGUACCGAGUCAUUUGACAGCUUGGACUUUGCCGUCAAUUUUGAUCUUGGCUAUUCUAUGGAGGACUCGGAGGAAGAGGACCAAACUGUCGUCACCCCGUUAAAGCCCACCCUCCAGCAGCUUCAGAAGCAGGAAGCUGCUAACUCAUCCACACCUUGCAUCAGCGUCCACAAGCCCGCUGUACCUUCAUGCUCCACCGACUUCAGGGAUAAGUCGAUGUUUCUCAUGUCACCAGUCACGUCCAAAACGGGCACACUACUGUCUCCGGUGGCAGCGCUUGGCAGGCGUCACGCUUUUCGUCUAUCACUCGGAAGUCUGAAAAGGAGCCGAUCAGAAGAUGGCGCAAAGCAGUCACAGAGAGUAACAGUGUCCCAUUCCGAUCUUCAUCCAGAGUGCAACACUGACAGCGACGAUGAAGUCAUCAUUCGUAAGAGAAGUCAUAUGAACAACAACAAGGUCAACCCUUUGUCGUCUCCAGAGGCGUCCAAAGUCCUUUCUGAUGUGGACUCACCGCUUGUGAGCAGGAAACGUGUGACUGCGCUAAAUACGUCUGAAGAAACACAAGGCGACGAUGAUGAUUUCCAGACCGAACGUGUGGUCACACGUAGACGAGUUAUCAACACCAAGCGCAAGAAAUGUCGAAAGGGACGUCAGUUUCUGGAUGAGGAAGCGGCGCUGUCAGACGAGGAGGGAGAGGGCGUUUCAUCUGAUGAAGACGACGAGGAAGAUCAGAAUCGGUCUCUUGAAGGCUUUGUGGUGGACAACACACACUUCUCCCAGGGAUUGAAUGACUCGGAGAUGCAAGGAAUAUACUUGAAGUCCGUGAGAAGCCCUGCUGUCACCAGCAGGCUCAAAAUGUCCUACAGAAAGCACAACAACAUGGACAUCUUCUCUCAGGUGCCCGAAGUGGACGAAACAUACAAAGAAGACAGUUUCGUGGUUGGUAGUGACGCGGAGGAGAGCUCAGAGGAAGAAAGCAAAGAGGAAGUAGUUGAACUCAUGCCAGAAGACUCGUACGUUGAUGGGAGGAGGCAGUACGCCACGCGACGACGCGUCUUCUUUCACAAAGCCCGGGCGACGAGUGCAGCUCCAAAAGAGGGCCAAUGUCCUCCAGGGAAAAGCGGCAAGCGUGGCCGAGUUCUCCGCUUGGCAGAUUCCAGUGAGGAGGAACAGGAGGACGUUUCUGUACUUCCGCAGACCGUCAUCAAGCUUCAACAGGAGCAGAAGUCGUCUUCCUCCAUUGCGUCAAAGGUUUCGAUGCUCAGAGAAGAACAGCAAGAUGAGAGGUGUCGCCAGAGGAUAGAAAAUCAACACUUGCUGUCUGACCGGCUGGACUUUGACACGUCAUCCAUUGGAGAAUCCAGCAAACAUCAGCCAUCCACCACCUCAAACGUAGCGGCUUCAACCAUCUCCGAGUGUCCGGUCUGCAUCCUAGUGGACAGUCGCUGCAUCAGCAGCGGUGUGGAGCUCGUGACCAGCCUGCGGCGGCGCCACGGCGCCUCGGUCCAUGUGUGCUCGCUGGAAGGCAGUUAUUUUAUUGUGAGCGGCCGCAUGGCGGUGGAGAGACACAGCCAGUCGGAUUUGGCCUCCAUGCACAACCGCAAGCGACUGGCUGAAAGGCUGAACGGCAUGCAGGAGUUGUUUGAGCGAGUUUGUUUGAUUGUGGAGAAGGACAGAACAAAGCCAGGCGAUACAUCCCGCCCCUUCCAGCGCACUCGUUGCUACGACAGCACACUGGCGGCGCUGGUGCACACAGGUGUGCGCUUGCUGUGGAGUGACGGCGCCGAACAGAGCGCCGCCCUGCUGGUCGAGCUGGCGGAGCUGGAGAGGCGCAAAGGCCAGGGCAUCGUUGCACCACCAGGGGAGGUUAAAGACCAGCACAGGCAGCAGGCCCUGCAGCUGUACUUGAGUUUGCCCGCUGUCAACUACGUCCAUGCGCUCAACAUGAGCCGCAACUUCAGCUCGGUCGCACAGCUCAUCAACAGCUCAGUGGAAAGCAUCAAGAAAGGAGGCGGCAUGAGUCGAGCCAGAGCUGAGGAGAUCUACCGAUUCCUGCGCUAUGACUGCGACUCUUUCCUAAUGGACAAAGUAGGAAAAGCCUGCUAGCGAUGCAGAUGUUGCAGAUGCUGGAUGGGUUCUAUUCCUAGAUUGAGCCUAACCACCCUCCUUCGUCACCAUCAAGGCUGCGUUAUGGAAGGGGAGGCAACAACUCCCUGUGGUUGCAGUUCACAAUUAAAAAGAAGUGGAAGCAAGUAAAUACUACAAUCAUUUCUAGUAAGUGGUAGGACAGUAAUGAAACUAAAUAUGCAGAGUCCAUAGCAGAUUUAAGUACAGAAGUUAGACAAUUCAAGCAGCUUAUUUUUAUUUCAUUUUUUUUUAAAACACAAAGGCCUUUGUUCCUUAUAGAUAUAGAACCACCGAUUGACAUCCCUCAGCUACAAUUUGGGUUGUUUUUAUUAUGAUCCAUGUACUGGAACCACAGACUGGCAGCAUGGCUCCAACACCACCAAUGCUAACGCCUCAAGGAGAAACGGAGCCAAGAGUAACAAGAGCACUCGCCCAGGCUCAAAUAUUUGUCACUUGCCAAGCCCAUGAAUGAAUCACGACCAUCUAGGAACUUCCUAAAGGACAUCAAUUUGAUGCUCAUUGGAGUGCACUAUUUAAAGGGAUAGUUCAUAUUUUUUGACAUACCCAUCAGCAGUGUAAUGCAUACUGGCCCAUAUUCACAAAAGCGUCCAGUGUGAAAUGCCGCUGACAGAUUAAAAUGCAUUUCUUUAGCUGGUAGGGCAUUAUGAACUCCAACCACUUGUGCCUGAUGGUGGCGUCUUUAGGAAUUGUAAACAAAUGUGGCUUUCCCUUUCGAGGCAUUGCUAGCAAGUCAACAGCGGAGCAGCGCUUGGGGGAGGGCAGAGUUUAUAUACAGUAAACCUCGGAUAUAUCGGAUUCAAUUGUUCCCACUGGUUUUGUCCGAUAUAAGCGAAAUCCGUUAUAUGCGUAUACCGGAAAAUGUCCGUUUUACGCAUAUAUCGGAUUUAUACCCGGUGUAUGCGUUAAUCGGAUUUUAUCCGUUAUAAAAAGGCACUUCCUUGACUAUGUUUCCAAUGUACCUGGACUGGGCAAUGAAAAGAGACGCAAGGUAAUGAGAAUUUAACUUUAUUGGACUCUGAGCAUAACAAAUUGUUAAUUAAGCUAGGCCCUGUUACGCCCGUCAGGCCUACGUUAUUUCCAAUAGUGAGGUUAAGAUCUCAUUCACUGCUGUGCUAGUAUUAUUGACGUCACUCACUUUUAUAUUUGUCCUAAAUCUGGCCACGAUGCGGCCAUCCGAUAUAUGCGAGGGAAAUUUAAUGGAAAUGCAUUGGAACGGGACUGGAGAUUUUGUCCAAAAUAGGUGAAAUCCGUUAUAAAAAAUCUGAUAUAUGCAAUGAAUUUUUAUUGGAAAUGCAUUACAGAAAAAUCGGUUCUUUUUUAUCUGUCCGUUGUGAGCGAAUUUCCGAUAUAUCCGAGUCCGAUAUAUCCGAGGUUUACUGUAUAAGGAAGUCCGCCCCUCUGUGACGUCACAAAGGGGCAGUUUUACCACGCCUUUUGAAACCGAGCAUGUUGAACCAUCCCAAACUUCUUUCAGGGCUCACUUCCAAAUGUGCAAACCUCAUUAUCUGAAACCUUGGCAUCGUUUAACACGAGAAUACUACAUUUAUAGGUCAGAGAAGUGGAAAAAGCAUAAUAGGUCCACUAAUUAUGCACUUACUGCCAUCUAGUGGAAGAGCAUUCCAAUGUUUUGCCUGUCACUAUGAGUGGAGCGUUGUCAUAAAGAACAUGACAUCAGCUAUGGGUAGUUUAGAUAACACACACACUACGGUAUGCGCAUUAGCAUAGAAACAGAAGUUCAGAAUAUUCAGUAGGAGAAAUGUACCUAUCCCAUUCAAAUACAAUCUAAAAAAAAAAGAAAUGUAAAAAAUGUUCCCAAUAUUAGUCAAAUGUGGGUUCCUAGUGCUGACUUUAGUGUCAGUGGCGUCCAAAGCUUAAUUUAGCCCCUGCAGGGGAAUGGCUCCUGUGGUGUAGGAAAAGAGACACCUCCGCCCCCUUUUACCCUCAGCAACCCCGAUAUGCCUUGGACAUGCUGGCUGUGUUUAACACGACAUUGGGACAGACACUUUAAUUAGACCUCCAUGAGCCUGCAAGUGGACUCUUUAGGAUUUAGGAGGACAGGAGGCCAAAGUCAAUGGCUACUCUGUAGUUAAACUGCAAAUGCCUGUGACAUUUUUUUUUUUUUCGAGGGAUUUCACAACAUUUAGUAAAGAAGCUUACCGACUCCUGGCGCACAAUGGACUGGAAACAAUGGUAUGUCCCUCGGUAUAGAGGUUUGUCCGCAUUUUGUACCUGAAGCCGCACCUGAGGAUGAGUGUGGUUUGGUUAGUGUCAGCAACAUCACAUUACAAUACAAGCAAGACAAAUGGGGUAAGAAACAGUAUUUGCGUGCAAAACGUGCUCACAAAAACGUCUUCAGUGUUUUGUUUUUUUUUUUAAGACAAGACACAAGAGGGAGAGAAGGAAAGACCUUGACGUUACUUACUAGGUCACAUAUCCGUGGAGAG